UCAAAUAAAAUCUUAAGAAAUUAUAUACCUCAGUUUCAUCGAAAGCUACGUGUAAAAGAACGCGCAAAAACAUUCAUUGUUCAUUACCUUACGAAGUAUAUAUUGUGAUUGAUAAAGACUCAUUGGAUAUAAUCGGUUGAUCCGUCAGUUGAAAUAGAAUCGUAUUCAUCAGAAUCGGUUGAUCAAUGGGAGGGUGUUUUUCGGAUGUUAAAGGAGGAAAAGAGGCCGUAGGGGUGGGGGCCGGUGGUGGGCAUAACCUACAACAUCAAAAGGGUCCGAGUACCACCACCAACAACAACAGCAACGUUGUUGUUACGCAUUCAUCUAGUAAGCCACCAGAUGAGGCUGUUGAUGUGUUUUAUCGGUCCAAAGGCCUUCAACCCCUCUACACUGUCAUCGAGCUAUCUUUAUCAGCUUCAAAAUUACGUGAUCUUGACAUCAUGUCCAAGAGCGACCCUAUGGCAGUUGUAUAUGCCAAGAACAAAAAAGGAAUUCUCGAGGAAGUUGGUCGCACUGAAGUGAUCAUGAACAGCUUGAAUCCUAUCUGGAUUCAGAAAAUCAGUGUUGUAUUUCACUUUGAGAUUGUUCAGCCAUUGGUCUUCAAGGUGUAUGAUGUGGAUACAAAGUAUCAUAAUUUGUCAACGAAGAUGCUGGAUCUAAAAGAGCAAGAUUAUGUUGGUGAAGCUAACUGUGUUUUGUCAGAGAUCAUGACUCAACGAAGCCGAAGUAUGACCCUCAAACUUCGCGGUAGAAACGGGCAUGAUGUCGGAAAUCUGGGUUCAAUAACCAUUCGUGCUGAGGAAACCAUUGCUUCCAAAAUGGCCGUUGAGAUGAGACUUCGAUGUUCAAACUUGGAUAAUAAGGAUCGAUUCUCUAAAAGUGAUCCGUUUUUAAGAAUCUCUAGGGUCGUUGAAACUGGAAGUCCAAUUCCAAUUUGCAAGACCGAAGUAGUGAACAACAAUUUGGACCCUGUAUGGAAGCCGUUGUGUAUAAAUACGCAGCAAUACGUGAGCAAGGAUAACCCUCUAGUUAUAGAGUGUUUUGACUUCAAUAGCAAUGGCAACCACACACUCAUUGGUAAACUACAAACGUCAAUUCAAGGUAUGGAAAAUCUUUACAAAGCAAAAGUAGGUGCAAAUUUUGUCAUUCCAUCUUCUCGUCACAAAGAUAAUGAGAAGGUUCUCAAGGGUAAACUUUAUGUGGAGGGAUAUGAAGAGAAGGAGUUGUAUAGUUUUCUUGAUUAUAUUUCUAGUGGGUUUGAACUCAACUUUAUGGUUGCUGUUGAUUUUACAGCUUCGAAUGGUGAUCCUCGAAGCCCGACAUCAUUGCAUUACAUUGACUACUCUGGCCGCUUAAAUGCAUAUCAGCAGGCUAUCAUGGAGGUUGGGGAAGUGAUACAGUUUUAUGAUUAUGAUAAACGGUUUCCUGCUUGGGGUUUUGGUGGGAAACUAUACGAUGGCUCUGUAUCUCAUUGUUUCAAUCUCAGUGGAAAUGCUGGUAGUUUCGAGGUUGAAGGAGUACAAGGCAUAAUGGAUGCUUAUAAGAAUGCAUUGCAUACUGUUUCUCUUCAUGGGCCCACUUUAUUUGGUCAAGUAGUCAACCAAGCUGCGGAAAUAGCUGCUCAAUCCCUCUCAACUAAUCCCACCAAGUACUUUAUCUUGCUAAUCAUAACGGAUGGAGUUCUUACUGAUCUCCAAGAAACUAAAGACGCAAUCGUCAGAGCCUCUGAUCUGCCCCUUUCGAUUUUAAUCGUUGGAGUCGGUAAUGCUGAUUUUAAACAGAUGGAGAUUUUGGAUGCUGAUACCGGACCACGUUUGGAGAGCUCAACGGGACGAAUAGCUACUCGAGAUAAUGUUCAGUUUGUUCCCGUGCGUGAUGUACAGCAUGGAGAGAGAUCAAUGGUGCAGGCUCUAUUGGAAGAGUUACCGGGUCAAUUCUUGACUUAUAUGAGAAGUAGAGAUGUCAAACCACUCGGUAUUGAUGUACGCCAGACUCCUAUUCCAUCAGCUCCUUUAAUCACUUGAAUCUUGGUAUCACUAGCCUCGACUCUCCUUGUUAUUAGUCGAAUGCGCACUAGAAAGCCCUAACCCCUUUUUUAUGGUUUUUACAAAAAAAUUGGAUGGGUGUGAACUUUAUGACGAUUUACGACGUGGUUGGCACUAGAAUUAUUAAAAAAAAAUCUUAAGACGUGAAAUCCUGGGGUAUAAUGUGUGAUCUCGAUGAUUGAAAUGAGUAACCUAUUGUUUGUUCCAGAUAAUUAAAUGAAUUGUGAUAUGAUAUAUGAAAAUCUAUGUCAAUGGACUGUGUAUAUUA